AUGGCGUUCGGAAAGCUCUUCACCUACCAGAACAACCCCCGCUCGACGGCCAUCCUGGCCGUCGCUAAGGCCAACAACCUCGAUAUCGAGCGGGUUGUGGUUGACACCGCCAACCCUACCGCCGAGUUCUCCAAGUACAACAAGCUCGCCAAGGUCCCCGUCUUCGUUGGCGCUGACGGCUAUGUCCUCACCGAGUGCAUUGCCAUCGCCAUCUAUGUCACCUCCCAGAACGAGAAGACCACCCUUCUCGGCAAGACCAAGCAGGACUAUGCUUCCAUCCUGAAGUGGAUGUCCUUCUUCAACUCGGAGGUUCUCCCCCAGCUUGGUGCCUGGUACCGCCCUCUCCUGGGCAAGGAUGCCUACAACAAGAAGAACAUCGAUGAUGCCUCCAAGGCUGCCCAGAAGGCUCUCUCCGUUGCUGAGGAGCACCUCCUGCACAACACCUACCUGGUCGGCGAGCGCAUCACCCUGGCCGAUCUGUUUGCCGUCUCCAUCGUUGCCCGUGGCUUCGAGUUCUUCUUCGGCAAGGAGUGGCGCCAGCAGAACCCCAACGUCUCGCGUUGGUACGAGACCGUCUACAACCAGGCCAUCUACUCGGCCGUCGCCCCCAAGUUUGAGCUCCUCGACCAGCCCAAGCUGACCAACACCCCUCCCAAGAAGGCUGAGCAGCCCAAGGCUGCCCCCAAGCCUGCUGCCGCUGCCAAGCCCGCUGCUGCUGCCGAUGACGAGCCUGCCGAGGCUCCCAAGCCCAAGCACCCCCUCGACCUUCUGCCCAGGGCUACCUUCCCUCUCGAUGAGUGGAAGCGAUACUACUCCAACCACGACGAGGCUGACUCUCUGAAGUGGUUCUGGGAGAACGUCCCCUUCACCGAGUACUCGAUCUGGAAGGUCAAGUACAAGUACAACGAUGAGUUGACUCUGACUUUCAUGUCCAACAACCUCAUCGGCGGCUUCAACAACCGUCUGGAGGCUUCUCGCAAGUACCUCUUCGGCUGCGCCUCCGUCUUCGGCGAGAACAACGACUCCGUCAUUGAGGGUGCCUUCGUCAUCCGUGGCGAUGACUACCUCCCCGUCUUCGACGUCGCUCCCGACUAUGAGAGCUACAGCUUCGCCAAGCUGGACCCCACCAAGGCCGAGGACCGCGAGUACGUCCGCGACCAGUGGACCUGGGACCGCCCCAUCAAGGAGAACGGCAAGGAGUAUGCCCACGCCACUGGCAAGGUCUUCAAAUAG